GUACUAGAACUGUAAUCAUAUGUGAGUGAGUAUGUCUGCUUUGAAGGAACAGAGAUCCCACCUCCUUACUGUAGGUACAGAGACCCCACACCUACCACAAUCACACAUACUGUUAGGAUUUAUUUAAAAUUUAUAUUUUAAUGCUACAAAAUUAUGACUGACUAUGAACACAAAGCUGUCAAGUCCUGCCUGGUGUGUCUGGCCUCUUACUGUGAAACUGACCUGCAGCUUCACAACAAACUCCACCAUGCAAAACAGCACAAGCUCAUUGAUGCCACCGGCCAUCUGAAGGACAAGGUCUGUUCCCACCAUGACAAACCGCUGGAGGUCUACUGCCGUACCGACCAGCAGUGUAUCUGUUAUCUCUGUACGAUGGAUGAACACAGAGGCCAUGAUACAGUCUUAGCUGCUACAGGAAGGGCGGAGAUACAGAAACAAAUGGGUGAAACACAGAGGGAAUUUCAGCAGAGAAUUCAGAUGAGAGAGAAGGAGCUACAGGAGCUGAGAGAGACUGUGGGCUCAGUCACAAGCUCAGCACAGUCAGCAGUGGAGGACAGCGAGAGGAUCUUCACUGAGAUGAUCCGCUGCAUUGAGAGAAGACGCUCUGAGGUGACAAAGCUGAUCAGAGAUCAGGAGAAGGCUGCAGUGAGUCAGGCUGAAGGAGACAUGGAGAGACUGAAGCAGGAGAUCGAUGAACUGAAGAGGAGACACUCUGAGCUGGAGCAGCUUUCACACACAGAGGAUCACAUCCAUUUCCUCCAGAGGCGCCAGGCUCUUCCUGUCACUCCUGAAGCUGGAUUUGGACCCAGAAUCUCUGUCAGUCCCAGAUCUGAUUUUGGGAAUUUGAGGAAGGCGGUUUCUGAGCUGAAAGAUCAACUGGAGAAUUUUUGCAGAAUGAAAAUGGCAGAGAUCCAUCACGCAGUUACCAAAGACACCGUCCUACCGGUAUUAGUGCCCAGGACCAGAGCAGAAUUCUUACACUGUGAGUCUGUUCACACACUCGCUUCUCUCUCCCUGUAUGAGGUGGAGUGUGUUUUAUUGUGUUUCGUUUUCUGCUGCCAGUGGAGCUUCUCUUUCUCUCUCCCGCUGCCUCCUGGUCUUUCACAUUUACAUGAGCUUUUUAUCUCAGUGGACUUUGAAUCCAAUUGCUAAGUAAGGCAAGUUUAUUCAGGGUGCUUUUCCACUGCACCAGGUUCGGUACUUUUGGUUCUUUCCCUUUUCCAUUAACUUCCGGUCAAGUACCAGUACCAGAAGUUCCAGUACCAAAAGCAUCAUUGCAGCUGGGGUACUUUUUCGAUACUUCGGAACUUUGGUGUGGGACUUACAAACACGUUCAUUGUCAAUUUAAAAAACAAUUUUAAAAAGGCUAAAAGCCCAAAAUACAAAUAAACAGUUAACUAAAAAGAAGUGAGAUUGUAGAGGCAGCGUAUGACUAAACUCCUGCUAAUUUAAUUUAUUGAAACAAAGCAGCAACAAAAACGUUUUAAUUCCUGAUUAUAAUGAACUGACAGUGUUAGCAGACCUCAGGUCUUCAGGAAGCUUGUUCCACAGACAGGGAGCAUAGACACUAAAAGCUGCUUCAGCCUGCUUGGUCUUCAUUCUGGGACACUGAGUAAAGUUUCAGGGGUCUGGAUGCUUCACAAGGUUCAAGGAAGUUAGUGCCAUUUAGUGCCUUGUACACAAGUAAUAUUUAAUUAUUAAUCCUGUGAUGCUCAGGAAGCCAGUGCAGUGAUUAAGGAGCUGUGUGAUAUGCUCCACUUCCUUGGUGUUAGUGAGGACUCUGGUGGCAGCAUCCUGGAUGAGCUGCAGCUGUCUGACUGAUUUAUUACCAAGACCUGCAAAGACACCAUUUCAAUAGUCUAGCCUGCUGGAAAUAAACACAUGAAAAAGCUUUUCCGUAUCUGGUUUAGAGAGAAAUCCUUC